AUGCAAGCUGCUAAGUUGAUCGGCAAUAGCCCACUGCUGACGAAUUACGCCUAUUCCUGCAGUUUCUUCAAUCUAAAUUCUAUCUAUGCACAAAGUUUACGAUGGAAAAGGAAACCAAUUUGGUUGCCGACAGCUAAAACUAAGAUAUUUCGUGUGCCACCAAGACCCGUAAUACCAAAGGAGGAAGAACUUGAAAUCCUGAGGCUUUAUAACAAUUACAGAACUUACUAUCGUUCAGUCAGGAAGUACAUGGUGCAGAUUACAAAGCAAAAUGAAAUACAACUAGAUCACUCAGUAAUUGAAAAAGCUGAAGAGGAUGAUUAUAUUAAAUGUAUGGAAUUGAAUGAAGAGUGGAACAAAAAAAUUGCAGCGGAACGAAAAGUUAGACUGCAGAACGAAAUGGAAGCUCGUAGAUUGAGGGCUUUGCAGACCAUAGAAUACAAGGAGGAAAAAAUGAAACAAAAGAGACUGCACGCUCUUGAAAAGAUCAAAGAAGCAAAGUUGCUUGCUCCUACAUUAAUUACAAGAGAUAACAUUGACCAAGCAAUAGAGGAAGCAUUAGCUAAUGUUGUGAAUCACAAUAAAGCACUGGAUGCCAGCGGCAAUUGGCACACAAAGUUAUCAGGGGCUACUACUGUAAAGAAAUCAGAAAAUAUACAAAUUAAACAAUAA